AUGCCACUCAAAGGAAUCUCCCCAGUCAUCUCGCCCGACCUCCUCAAGGUCCUGGCCGAGAUGGGCCAUGGUGACGAAAUUGUCCUCGCCGACGCCCACUUCCCGUCGCAUUCCAUCUGCCCGCCUCACAUCCCUGUCCUUCGCGCCGACGGUAUAACCGUCUCCCGCCUCUUGGCUGGCAUCUCCCCGCUCCUCGAAUUGGACAACUACGGCGUCGUGCCUGUGAUCAUGAUGGAGGUCGUCAAGGGCGACACUUUUGAUGCGAGCGUCGAGGGCGACUUCCGGUCGUCGCUCAAGUAUGACGGUGAGAUUGAGAAGCUAGAGCGGUUUGCCUUCUACGAGCGCGCCAAGAAGGCCUUUGCGAUUGUGGCGACUGGAGAGACGAGGAAGUACGGCAACAUUAUCCUCAAGAAAGGCGUUACGCCGAUUGAAGAGUAG